UCCUCCCAAUCAGUUUCCAUCGCUUCCCAAUUUCUAUUCUAUCUCCAGUCUCCGCUAUUCUCGUCUCCACUGUUUCACCCACCCAUUCUCCCGACCUCCUCAAAAUAGAAUAACAUCUUCCAUCAAUUCCGCUCCCCCCCACCUCCUCAAUUCUCAAUUCCUAGGUGAAGCUAGCAAUCCAUAUCCAGUUCCCCGCUAUCCAAACAAUUCUUCUCUAUCUAGUAGGAUAGGAUAGGAUAGGAUAGGAUAGCAGAAGAGAAGAUGCUGCACAACGCCGGAGCCUUGCCUCUCACCUCCUUGAAUCACAUAUCCCUUGUCUGCAGAUCGGUUGAGAUGUCGCUCGAUUUCUACCAAAAUGUUCUUGGCUUCGUCCCCGUUAGGAGGCCGGGAUCCUUCGACUUCGACGGUGCAUGGUUGUUCAACUAUGGAAUUGGCAUCCAUUUGUUGCAAUCGGAAGAUCCAGAGAACAUGCCGAGGAAAACAGAGAUCAAUCCCAAGGAUGACCAUAUCUCCUUCCAAUGCGAGAGCAUGGCGUUAGUGGAGAAGAAGCUGAAAGAGAUGGGCAUAAACUACAUCCAGAGGCGAGUCGAGGAGGCCGGCAUCUACGUAGACCAACUCUUCUUUCACGACCCAGAUGGCUUCAUGAUUGAAAUAUGCAACUGCGACAACCUUCCGGUGAUCCCUCUAGUCGUCGGAGAGCCGGUGAGGGUGUGCAAAAGAGUGAGUCUCAUGAAGCAGCAACAGCAGCAGCAGCAGAAGGUGCAAUGCCUCCCAUCAGCCAUUCAUGUCAAGGAGGAGCCGCAUAUCCCAUGUGCAUGAAUAAUUAGUGAGUCAAGGGGGCAGAGCUUUCAUUAGAUGUUGUUGUAGGCACCAGAACUAUGUUUUCUUGUGCCCUGGAGUGUCUCUCGCGUUUGCUUAAUAAAGGCGUGUAGUCGUGUAGUAGUAGGAGUCGUGUAGUCUACUCUCUUUUUUUUAAUGACGGGGACAACGGGGCCCCAACUUGUUUUCGUCAUGCCCUUUGUGUUUGGUUUUUUUGGCUUUUCCUUAUUUACAUGAGAUGGCUAGCAAGUCAAGCCGACUGCCGUGAAAGCUGGGUCAGGUUCGAAGUUGUAACAAAGUCCUUGGUCAUGAGCUGGACCAUGUUACUGGCUGGUGCAAGUUUGUUGCAUGGCUAAUAAUUGAGAUGCAAGGCAAACUUACACGCAAGGUUAUACUUGGA